AGCCCGCGUGCGGCGGGGGGGGGGGGGGGGGCCGCGCCGCCAUAUUCCCUCCCGUCGGCGGCCCCGCGGCGCAGCCACCAUGAGCACCGCCGCCUUCCACAUCUCCAGCCUCCUGGAGAAGAUGACGUCCAGCGACAAGGACUUCAGGUUCAUGGCCACCAGUGACCUGAUGUCAGAGCUGCAGAAGGACUCGAUCCAGCUGGAUGAGGACAGCGAGCGCAAGGUGGUGAAGAUGCUCCUCAGGCUUCUGGAGGACAAGAACGGGGAGGUGCAGAACCUGGCGGUCAAGUGCCUGGGUCCUCUGGUGGGCAAAGUGAAGGAGUACCAGGUGGAGACCAUCGUGGAUGCCCUCUGUGCCAACAUGCGGUCAGACAAGGAGCAGCUCCGAGACAUCGCUGGCAUCGGCCUCAAGACCGUCCUGUCGGAGCUCCCCCCUGCAGCCACAGGCUCCGGCCUGGCCACCAGUGUGUGCCGGAAGAUCACAGGCCAGCUCACCAGUGCCAUCGCCCAGCAGGAGGACGUGGCUGUGCAGCUGGAAGCCCUGGACAUCCUCUCUGACAUGCUGAGCAGGCUGGGCGCCCCGCUGGGCGCCUUCCACGCCAGCCUCCUGCACUGUCUGCUGCCGCAGCUGAGCAGUCCGCGCCUGGCCGUGCGCAAGCGGGCUGUUGGGGCGCUCGGCCACCUGGCGGCCGCCUGCAGCACUGACCUUUUCGUCGAGCUUGCGGACCACCUGCUGGACCGGCUGCCCGGCCCACGCGCGCCCGCCAGCCCCGCGGCGAUCCGCACCCUGAUCCAGUGCCUGGGCAGCGUUGGCCGCCAGGCAGGCCACCGCCUCGGGACCCAUCUGGACCGGCUGGUGCCCCUGGUGGAGGAGUUCUGCAACCUGGAUGAUGAUGAGCUUCGGGAGUCCUGCUUCCAGGCCUUUGAGGCCUUCCUGAGGAAGUGCCCCAAGGAGAUGGGCCCCCACGUGCCCAACGUGACCAGCCUCUGCCUCCAGUACAUAAAGCACGACCCCAACUAUAACUACGACAGUGACGGGGAAGAGGAGCAGAUGGAGACGGAGGAUAGCGAGUUCAGUGAACAAGGGCUCCAUGGGUGUCUGGUUCCCGCCCCAGAGAGCGAGGACGAGUACAGCGACGACGACGACAUGAGCUGGAAGGUGCGCCGGGCAGCGGCCAAGUGCCUGGCGGCCCUGAUCAGCUCUCGGCCCGACCUGCUGCCCAGCUUCCACUGCACCCUGGCGCCCGUGCUCAUCCGCCGCUUCCGGGAACGCGAGGAGAACGUCAAGGCCGACGUGUUCGGGGCUUACAUCGUGCUGCUGCGGCAGACGCGGCCCCCGAAGGGAUGGCUGGAGGCCAUGGAGGAGCCCACCCCGUCGGGAAGCAACCUCCAGAUGCUGCGAGGACAGGUGCCUCUUGUGAUUAAGGCCCUGCAGAGGCAGCUUAAAGAUCGGAGUGUCAGGGCCCGCCAGGGUUGCUUCAGCCUCCUCACCGAGCUGGCAGGCGUCCUCCCGGGCAGCCUGGCAGAGCACAUGCCCGUGCUGGUAGCAGGCAUCGUCUUCUCGCUGGCGGACCGCUCCAGCUCCUCCACCAUCCGGAUGGAUGCCCUGGCUUUCCUGCAGGGGCUGCUGGGCACAGAGCCGGCUGAGGCCUUCCACCCGCACCUGCCCACUCUCCUGCCACCUGUGAUGGCCUGCGUGGCUGACCCUUUCUACAAGAUCGCAGCCGAGGCCCUGCUGGUGCUCCAGGAGCUGGUGAGGGCCCUGUGGCCGCUGGACGGGCCUCGGACGCUGGACCCCGAGCCCUACAUUGGAGAGAUGUCCGCGGCCACCCUGGCACGGCUUCGUGCCACCGACCUGGACCAGGAGGUGAAGGAGCGGGCCAUCUCCUGCAUGGGCCACCUCGUGGGCCACCUGGGUGACCGGCUCGGGGAUAACCUGGAGCCAUCGCUCUUGCUCCUCCUGGACCGCCUGCGGAAUGAGAUCACCCGGCUCUCUGCCGUCAAGGCGCUCACACUGGUGGCCGUGUCCCCGCUGCGGAUCGACCUGCAGCCCAUCCUAGCCGAGGCACUGCCCAUUCUGGCCUCGUUCCUGCGGAAGAACCAGCGGGCUCUGCGGCUGGCCACACUGGCCGCCCUGGCCGCCCUGGCCCAGAGUCAGGGCCUCAGCCUCCCGCCAUCCGCCAUGCGGGCCGUGCUGGCCGAGCUGCCCUCCCUUGUCAGUGAGAACGACAUGCACGUGGCCCAGCUGGCUGUGAACUUCCUCGCCACCGUGACCCGCGCCCAGCCAGCCUUGUUGGCCGAGGUCAGCGGCCCUGUGCUUGCAGAGCUGCUGCGUUUGCUGCGCUCGCCCCUCCUGCCGGCCGGUGUGCUAGCGGCCGCCGAAGGCUUCCUACAGGCCCUGGUGGGGACCCGGCCGCCGUGCGUGGACUACACCGAGCUCGUCAGCCUGCUCACGGCGCCCGUUUACGAGCAGGUGGCGGACGGCGGGCCCGGCCUGCACAAGCAGGUGUUCCACUCGCUGGCUCGGUGCGUGGCGGCCCUCGCAGUGGCCUGUCCCCAGGAGGUGGCGGGCACAGCCAACCGCCUGGUCUGCGAUGCCAGGUCGCCCAGCUCGAGCCCAGGGGUCAAGGUGCUGGCGUUCCUGUCGCUGGCCGAAGUGGGCCAGGUGGCCGGGCCGGGCCCCCAGCGGGAGCUGAAGGCGGUGCUCCUGGAAGCCUUGGGCUCGCCCAGCGAGGACGUGAGGGCGGCUGCCUCCUACGCGCUGGGCCGCGUGGGCGCGGGGAACCUGCCUGACUUCCUGCCCUUCCUGCUGGGGCAGAUGGAGGCCGAGCCCCGGCGGCGGUACCUGCUGCUGCACUCUCUCCGGGAGGCCCUGGGGGCCGCCCAGCCCGACAGCCUGAAGCCCUACACCGAGGACAUCUGGGCCCUGCUGUUCCAGCGCUGCGAGGGCACCGAGGAGGGCACCCGGGGGGUGGUGGCCGAGUGCCUCGGGAAGCUGGUCCUCGUGAACCCUCCAUUUCUCCUGCCCCGGUUCCGGAAGCAGCUUGCUGCAGGUCGGCCGCACACCCGCUGCUCUGUCAUCACAGCAGUCAAGUUCCUCGUCUCGGACCAGCCCCACCCCAUCGACCCCAUCCUGAAGACCUUCGUUGGAGAGUUCAUGGAGAGCCUGCAGGACCCAGACCUGAAUGUGCGCCGGGCCACCCUGGCUUUCUUCAACUCCGCCGUGCACAACAAGCCCUCGCUGGUCCGCGACCUGCUGGACGACAUCCUGCCCCUCCUCUACCAGGAGACGAAGAUCCGCCGGGACCUCAUCCGAGAGGUGGAGAUGGGGCCCUUUAAGCACACGGUGGACGAUGGGCUGGAUGUGCGGAAGGCGGCCUUCGAGUGCAUGUACUCGCUGCUCGAGAGCUGCCUGGACCAGCUGGACAUCUGCGAGUUCCUGAACCACGUGGAGGACGGCCUGAAGGACCACUACGAUAUCCGGAUGCUGACCUUCAUCAUGCUCGCCCGACUGGCUACCCUGUGUCCUGUGCCUGUCCUGCAGAGGGUGGACCGGCUCAUCGAGCCCCUCAGGGCCACCUGUACCGCUAAGGUCAAAGCUGGUUCUGUGAAACAGGAGUUUGAGAAGCAAGAUGAACUGAAGCGCUCCGCCAUGAGGGCAGUGGCCGCCCUGCUGACCAUCCCGGAAGUGGGGAAGAGCCCCAUCAUGGCUGACUUCUUGUCCCAAGUUCGAUCCAACCCCGAGCUGGCUGCCCUCUUUGAAAGCAUCCAGAAGGAUUCUGCUUCAGCCCCCAGCACAGACUCCAUGGAGCUCAGCUAGGGCUCCCCCACCCCCAGGGGACCCCAACUCACAAGGAGGCCCACUGAAGCCAGAGCCUCACCCUCCCAGCACCACAGGCCUCUGACUUUUGCCCCUUACCCAUCUCACUGGGGCCCUCCCUCUCCUGGUCGGGCACCUUCUCCAGGGACCCCAGUCCGAGCUGCAAGGCUGCCAACAGUUGGGCCCUUUAACUCAGGACAGUUAUUCAAAGCGGGUGUGGUAGUUCUUCCAAAUCUUCCACGGAAGAUCGAUGUGACUUAACACAGGUCAGCCUGGCUCCUUCAAACUGGGGGUCCCAGCCUCACCAAGUACUUAGUAUUUAGAAAUACGUGUGGUCACAGCUGCACAAAGCUCAGGAGGCAGCUGGAUGGCCUUCCUCCCUGCUGUCCCAGGUGUGUCACUCACACUACUCCCACGCUUUCACCUGAUCUGAUGUGCCGGAAGGGAGUCAGUGCUUCGGCGGGGCAUCGUAAACACUCGGGUGCCUCCCUGAGCUGUUCACACUUCAGAAUCCAAAAUGCUUUAUUUCUCAUUGGCAGUGAUAAAUCAGAAAUGUGUAUGAUUUGUGCAGAGGCAGGUGAGUGGGGUAGGUAACUGGAUGUAAAGUUUUUUUCUAAUCCCAAAACUCUUUAUGUAGCAAAGAGAGACAGGAAAGCACAAAUGAAAAAGUACAAACCACCUUUCAUGUCCCCCCAUCGAGGUGUAACCGGGUGGUUUGUGAACACGUCCUUUCUAGUUUUUAGUAUCAAGGACACAGAAACAUUAAGCAACAGGCCAAAGAAUUUUCUGCUAUCCCAGGUUAAUAAAGGACAGAUCCUAAACUGUUA